AUGGACAAUUCUACCCUUGGUUCUUUAGAUGAUAUUUUUCUUGAAUAUGCGGAGAAUUCACUACCAAGUCGACCUCAAACAGGUGUUUUAUAUAAUGCAUCUUUGCCUUCAAAUUUUACAGGUGUCAAUGUUUCAAUCAUUCGCCUACGAAGGGAUAGUUUUUGGAGGAAAGGGGCAAAUUAUAGUGGAUUUUAUAUGCCACCAAGGAUAUUCUCAUUGCCAAAUUUCACAAGGUUAGAUAUGGUUUUUUCAAAUCUUGGGAAUAUGUCGUCUUACUACUACAGUGUGCCGAAUUAUUCUCUUGUCGCCCCUGUUGUUGGUUUCAAUGCCUACGGUUCAAGAAACUCCACAGGGCAAUUUGGUAAUUUGACCACUGCGAUGACGAAACUAAAUCUCACCCUCUUCGGAGGACCAAUUUUGGUCCAAUUUCCCAAUUUCUCGCUCCCACAAAACGAAAAACCAAAAUGUGUUGUGUUUUAUUUAAACGGAACAGUUGAAAUGACCAACAUGACCCUACAAGACAUGUGUGCCGUGCAGGAUCAAGGGCAUUUCUCGAUCGUUGUACCACACCCAACGCUGGUGCCGCAUGCCCCUAAAGAGAAGGAGAAAGGGCAAUUGUGGAAAUGGUGGGUGUUUGGAUUUGCUAUAGGGGUAUUGGGGUUGUUAUUUUUUGGGUUUGUUAUAUUUAUUAUAGUUAGAACUUUUAGAAUGAGAAAACUUGAAAAAAUGGAAAAAGAGGGAGAAAGGAAUGAAGCUUUAGGCGCAACAAAUGUUGGGCAAAGUAGAAUGCCUUUGGCUUCAGCUGUUAGAACACAGCCUACGAUUGAAAAUGAUUACCAUCCAUAA